UGCUUCGAAGGUGGCAAAGAGAAGUGUGCACAGUACUGGCCCGAGGGUUCGGCACAAACAUUCAAUUCGAAGAAACGCAGUGUGGAAGUUUGGAAGGAGAGUGAAGGGUCCUCCGGUAGCGUCAUACGUCGUCAGUUGAAAAUCCGUCCCUCGGGUGAAGCAUCGCCGUGGACAGUCACCCAGUUCCAAUUCACAGGCUGGGGGCACAACGAUCUCCCGGAUAUGGAGUCGUUCUACAACCUCGUCGUUAUACAAAACAAUAUCUUGGCUACGCAUUCCGUAGGAUAUGGGUUUGGCCCAACUGUCGUGCAUUGUAGUGAUGGCGUCGGUCCAACGGGCACAUUUAUGGUUGCUUGCUUUCUCCUUGAUCGUCUGCGAAUGAAUCCCCAAAGUGUGGACAUCAUUGGUACCAUUCUGGCGACGCAAAAGUGGCGUGCUAACUUGGCGCAGACUUGGUCACAGCUACAAUUCCUCUAUAACUUCGUUGACUUCUGCAUCGACAGAGAGAAUAUUGGUACGAGGUCGCUGGCACCAUCAACAAGAAUUAUGCCAUAUGAAGCGCCUGUUGAGUACGACAGCCCUGUGGAUCCUUUUCAGUCGAAUGCGGUAGAAUAAGUGGGAGCUGAACUUGGGAGCACUGAUCGGCUGCAUACUUUGGCAUCACCAUAG